UCCAAGUCGUUCUUCAUCCCCUUCAUUCAUCAAGUGUGGAAAAUUUGUCAAAUCACCAUUACUUUCUCGUUUUUGAUCUGAAUUGAGUGAUUCUUGCGGCCACGGAACGAGAAAAAGAUCAUCUAAUGGAUUGUGGCUUCAAUUUGAGGUGUAAUUAGACUUUUAAAGGAAGGUGUUUAUGAAGAAUUUGGAGAUUGUAACCUUCAGCCAUGGAGGAUCACUUGAGUUAAUCUGACAUCAUGAGUGAUUCCGAUUUGAAUAAAACAGUAACUCAAAUCAUUAGACAAAUGAAAAGGCCUGUCACUAUUGAUAAUGAAGUGGAGAAUGUCGCUAAUUCUCCAGUUCGAAAAAGUUUAAGAAUCAAAAUGUUACAUGCAGAUGAAGUUCCUGUUUGUAAGACUGAGAAAAAAUCAAGAAUGAAGAGGAGAGCAGUUAAAAAAUUUGUAUGUGGUAAAAGGAAAGCAGAACCUGUUGUGGUUAAAAGAGACAUUAAGAUGAGAAGGCUUGGAAGUGAUAAUCUGAAUAAAAAUGAUUCUAUUCAGAACUUUGAUCUUUUAAUUGCUCCGAAUCUCCGGUUUGUUGGAAAAGUUGGCAAGGCUUGUUCUUUUGAUGUGAUAAAAAAUAUUAAAUCGAAGCUUAGUUCUGAUCAGCUGUCUACAUUUAAGAGCAGUAGGUUUGGUUUGUAUUUGGAUAUUGGAAAGGAUGUAUUGAGUCUUAGGCUUAUACAUUCCAUACUGCUAAGGGAAGUCCAUCAUCCAAAUAUUGAUGAGCUGUGGUUUUACUAUGGUGGGCAAAACUUGCGUUUCAGUUUGUAUGAGUUUGGAUUGGUGAGCGGUCUUGUGUGCGGUGGGGACGAGUCUAGGUUUUCUGACUAUUUCACUGGUGGAACUUUUUUUGAUAAAUUUUUUUAAUGAUGAUAAUAAGAUUAGUCGUUCUGUUAUUGAAUCGAAAUUUAAAGAUGCGGUGUGGGAGAAUGAUGAUGAUGCUGUAAAGUUCGCGAAGCUGUAUUUUGUUCAGUGUUUUCUGUUGGGUAGCCUUGAUAAUACAUUGAUCGACAUCCGAUUUAUUCAUCUACUGGACUGCCCUGAUUUUGAUAAUUUUCCAUGGGGAAAAUAUUCUUUUGAUUUAUUUGUUCAGUCUACCAAGAACAAGCUUUGGAC